GCUCCGCGCCGCGCAGCGCCGCUCCGGCUCCAAUUCGCCUCGGGCUCGGCUCGGGCUCCGGCAGCGGCGCCCCCCGUGCCGGGCCCCGGGGCAGGCGGCGGCGCGCCAUGGCCCGCGCCCAGGCGUUGGUCCUGGCGCUCACCUUCCAGCUCUGCGCGCCUGAGAUCGAGACUCCGGCAGCCGGCUGCACUUUUGAGGAGGUGAGUGACCCAGCAGUGCCCUGUGAGUACAGCCAAGCCCAGUACAAUGACUUCCGGUGGGAGCAAGUGCGGAGCCACCCUGGCACCCAGACCGCUGCGGACCUGCCCCAUGGCUCCUACUUGAUGGUCAACGCUUCCCAGCAUGCCCCCGGCCAGCGGGCCCAUGUCAUCUUCCAGAGCCUGAGUGAGAAUGACACCCACUGUGUGCAGUUCAGCUACUUCCUGUACAGCCAGGAUGGGCACAGCCCAGGCACCCUGGGUGUCUAUGUGCGCGUCAACGGAGGCCCUCUGGGCAGUGCUGUCUGGAAUAUGACCGGAUCCCACGGCCGACAGUGGCACCAGGCUGAGCUGGCUGUCAGCACCUUCUGGCCCAAUGAGUAUCAGGUGCUGUUUGAGGCCCUCAUCUCCCCAGACCGCAGGGGCUACAUGGGUCUAGAUGACAUCCUGCUUCUCAGCUACCCCUGUGCAAAGGCCCCGCACUUCUCCCGCCUGGGCGACGUGGAGGUCAACGCCGGCCAGAACGCCUCGUUCCAGUGCAUGGCGGCGGGCAGGGCGGCGGAGGCAGAACGCUUCCUCCUGCAGCGGCAAAGCGGAGCGCUGGUGCCCGCCGCCGGCGUGCGGCACAUCAGCCACCGGCGCUUCCUGGCCACCUUUCCGCUGGCCGCCGUGGGUCGCUCCGAGCAGGACCUGUACCGCUGCGUGUCCCAGGCCCCUCGCGGUGCGGGCGUCUCCAACUUUGCCGAGCUCAUCGUCAAGGAGCCCCCCACCCCCAUCGCGCCCCCACAGCUGCUGCGCGCAGGCCCCACUUACCUCAUCAUCCAGCUCAACACCAACUCCAUCAUCGGCGACGGGCCGAUCGUGCGCAAGGAGAUCGAGUACCGCAUGGCGCGAGGCCCGUGGGCCGAGGUGCACGCCGUCAGCCUGCAGACCUACAAGCUGUGGCAUCUCGACCCCGACACCGAGUACGAGAUCAGCGUGCUGCUCACGCGCCCAGGCGACGGCGGCACCGGCCGCCCCGGACCGCCCCUCCUCAGCCGCACCAAGUGUGCAGAGCCCAUGAGGGCCCCCAAGGGCCUGGCCUUCGCCGAGAUCCAGGCCCGCCAGCUGACCCUACAGUGGGAACCACUGGGCUACAACGUGACGCGUUGCCACACCUACAGCGUGUCCUUGUGUUACCACUACAACCUGGGCAGCAGCCACAAUCAGACCUUCCGGGAGUGUGUGAAGAUGGAGCGGGGCGUCAGCCGCUACACCAUCAGGAACCUGUUGCCUUACCGGAAUGUUCGUGUGCGGCUCGUCCUCACUAACCCCGAGGGGCGCAAGGAGGGCAGAGAGGUCACCUUCCAGACAGACGAGGACGUGCCUGGCGGGAUUGCAGCCGAGUCCCUGACCUUCACUCCGCUGGAGGACAUGAUUUUCCUCAAGUGGGAGGAGCCCCAGGAACCCAAUGGCCUCAUCACUCAGUAUGAGAUCAGCUACCAGAGCAUUGAGUCAUCAGACCCAGCAGUGAAUGUGCCGGGCCCACGACGUACCAUCUCCAAGCUCCGCAAUGAGACCUACCAUGUCUUCUCCAACCUGCACCCAGGCACCACCUACCUGUUUUCUGUGCGUGCACGCACGGGCAAGGGCUUCGGCCAAGCAGCACUCACCGAGAUCACCACCAACAUCUCAGCUCCCAGCUUUGAUUAUGCUGACAUGCCGUCACCCCUGGGCGAGUCUGAGAACACCAUCACCGUGCUGCUGAGGCCAGCACAGGGCCGUGGUGCGCCCAUCAGCGUGUACCAGGUGAUUGUGGAGGAGGAGCGGCCGCGGCGGCUGCGGAGGGAGCCAGGGGCCCAGGACUGCUUCCCAGUGCCACUGACCUUCGAUGCGGCGCUGGCCCGUGGCCUGGUGCACUACUUCGGGGCCGAACUGACAGCCAGCAGCCUGCCCGAGGCCAUGCCCUUCACCGUGGGUGACAACCAAACCUAUCGCGGUUUCUGGAACCCACCGCUUGAGCCCAGGAAGGCCUAUCUCAUCUACUUCCAGGCAGCAAGCCACCUGAAGGGGGAGACCCGGCUGAACUGCAUCCGCAUCGCCAGGAAAGCUGCCUGCAAGGAAAGCAAGCGCCCCCUGGAGGUGUCCCAGCGCUCCGAGGAGAUGGGGCUCAUCCUGGGCAUCUGUGCGGGGGGGCUGGCUGUCCUCAUUCUGCUCCUGGGGGCCAUCAUUGUCAUCAUCCGCAAGGGGAAGCCAGUGAACAUGACCAAGGCCACCGUCAACUACCGCCAGGAGAAGACCCACAUGAUGAGCGCCGGGGACCGGAGCUUCGCGGACCAGAGCACCCUGCAGGAGGAUGAGCGGCUGGGCCUCUCCUUCAUGGACGCCCACGGCUACAGCCCCCGGGGAGACCAGCGCGGCGGCGGAGUCACCGAGGCCAGCAGCCUCCUGGGGGGCUCUCCGCGGCGGCCGUGUGGCCGGAAGGGCUCCCCCUACCACACGGGGCAGCUGCACCCUGCGGUGCGCGUGGCCGACCUGCUGCAGCACAUCAACCAGAUGAAGACGGCCGAGGGCUACGGCUUCAAGGAGGAGUAUGAGAGUUUCUUUGAAGGCUGGGAUGCCACGAAGAAGAAAGAAAAGCUCAAGGGCGGUUGCCAGGAGCCUGUGCCUGCCUAUGAUCGGCACCGAGUGAAACUCCACCCGAUGCUGGGAGACCCCGAUGCCGACUACAUUAAUGCCAACUACAUAGAUAUUCGGAUAAACCGAGAAGGUUACCACAGGUCAAACCACUUCAUAGCCACUCAAGGGCCGAAGCCUGAGAUGGUUUAUGACUUCUGGCGCAUGGUGUGGCAGGAGCACUGUUCCAGCAUCGUCAUGAUCACCAAGCUGGUAGAGGUGGGCAGGGUGAAGUGUUCCCGGUACUGGCCAGAAGACUCGGACAUGUAUGGGGACAUCAAGAUCUCGCUGGUGAAGACGGAGACUCUAGCUGAAUAUGUGGUGCGCACCUUUUCUCUGGAGCGGAGAGGCUACUCUGCCCAGCAUGAGGUCCGCCAGUUCCACUUCACGGCAUGGCCGGAGCACGGUGUCCCCUACCACGCCACGGGGCUGCUGGCCUUCAUCCGGCGCGUGAAGGCCUCCACGCCCCCGGAUGCUGGGCCCGUUGUCAUCCACUGCAGCGCAGGCACUGGCCGCACAGGUUGCUACAUCGUCCUGGAUGUGAUGCUGGACAUGGCGGAGUGUGAGGGCGUCGUGGACAUUUACAACUGCGUGAAGACCCUCUGCUCCCGGCGUGUCAACAUGAUCCAGACUGAGGAGCAGUACAUCUUUAUCCAUGAUGCAAUCCUGGAGGCCUGCCUGUGUGGGGAGACCACCAUCCCUGUCAGCGAGUUCAAGGCGACCUAUAAGGAGAUGAUCCGCAUUGACCCUCAGAGUAAUUCCUCCCAGCUGCGGGAAGAGUUCCAGACGCUGAACUCGGUCACGCCCCCGCUGGACGUGGAGGAGUGCAGCAUCGCCCUGCUGCCCCGCAACCGGGACAAGAACCGCAGCAUGGAUGUCCUGCCGCCUGACCGCUGCCUGCCCUUCCUCAUCUCAACCGACGGGGACCCCAACAACUACAUCAAUGCUGCCCUGACUGAUAGCUACACGCGGAGCGCAGCCUUCAUCGUGACUCUGCACCCGCUGCAGAGCACCACGCCCGACUUCUGGCGGCUGGUCUACGACUACGGGUGCACCUCCAUCGUCAUGCUCAACCAGUUGAACCAGUCCAACUCUGCCUGGCCCUGCCUGCAGUACUGGCCAGAGCUGGGCCGGCAGCAGUAUGGCCUUAUGGAGGUGGAGUUUGUGUCGGGCACAGUGGACGAGGACUUGGUGGCCCGUGUCUUCCGGGUGCAGAACAUCUCUCGGUUGCAGGAGGGGCACCUGCUGGUGCGCCACUUCCAGUUUCUGCGCUGGUCCGCGUACCGGGACACACCUGACUCCAGGAAAGCCUUCCUGCGCCUGCUGGCCGAGGUGGACAAGUGGCAGGCGGAGAGCGGGGACGGGCGCACCGUCGUGCACUGCCUGAAUGGGGGUGGCCGCAGCGGCACUUUCUGCGCCUGCGCCACAGUUCUGGAGAUGAUCCGCUGCCACAGCCUGGUGGACGUUUUCUUUGCUGCCAAAACUCUUCGUAACUACAAGCCCAAUAUGGUGGAGACCCUGGACCAGUACCAUUUUUGCUACGAUGUGGCCCUGGAGUACCUGGAGGGGCUGGAGUCAAGAUAGCAUGGGCCCCUGGCCUGGGGCACCCACUGCGCACUCAGGGGCAGACCCACCAGCCGGGACUGGCAAGGAAGACCUGCGCCUCCAGAUCUGCUCAGCCCUGGCCCCCGUGGGGGAAAACACUGGCGUGGGCACUGGGCCAUCUUGGUGUCCCCACUUCUGCUGUGGGCAGGGCCUUUCACCAUUACUGGGGGCAGAUAGGGAGCCAAGGAGGAGCUUGAGCCAGGCUGCAGCCCUGUCCCACCUCCACAGGGUUCUGCAGGCCCAUGCCAAGAGGAUUGGCACUGCCUGGCAGUGCUGACGGACUCAGAACUGCCAGCUUUGGGGGACCCAGGCCCAAGUCCCUUGACUCCAUCCCAGUCCCUGGCACAGAAGUGAGGCCCUGCAGAGGGUGUGCCAGGUCAAAGUUUCCCCACAGCUUGGCUCCUUCUGGGCAUUGACGGAAGAUGAAUGGGGGCUUGGCAUAUAGAAUCCCAUCUGGCCCAGCCCCCGAGGGUCCUGGGGACGCUGGGCCCUGCCUUUAUUUGCCAGUGGGACACAUCUGGACUGGUUCUUCCUGGUCCCUCCUCCACCCCACUGCCCCCUGCAGCCCCUGGAAUAUUUUGCUCACAAUCCCUCUCCACUUCUGCUUCUCUGACGUGUGCUCUGAGCUUCCCUGAACCAGGAGCUGCAAAUCCCGGUCCUGCCCCAUGUGGGGCCUCCCUGCUUGACCGAGUGUCUGCAGAAGGAAGAUACCUUAGCCCCCUCUUCCUAUAAAGUUCAGCCCUCCCUGGCCUGGCCCUGCUGAGCCAGAGGCAGUGAUAGUCUGCAAGGCUGAACAACACCCCGUAGUCAGGCUGCUCACUGGGGAGGGGCGGUACCAUAGCAGGGGUGCUCAAAACCCCAGGGUUUGGAGGAAGAAGAGGUGUUUUGGGUGGAGGAUCUCUGCUUUUUUGUUUGUUUAUUUU